AUGGAGAAUAAUACUACUAAGAUUGAAAAAAACUAUCUAAGCAGCCAAAAAAAUACAACAUCGUUUUUCUCAAAUGGAAUUAUUUUAGACCCGAAGACAGCAGCUAACCUGUAAUAAGAAAAUAUUAAAACCCACUUAAAGUAAUCAAAAGCAGAGGGAAAUUAUGAGAAAACAAUUUACUUAAAGCAUCUACUGACUAAUAAAAUAAAUGUGCCUUCCAACUAAAUGCUGUCAAAGGCUGGAAAGUUCUAUAAUUAUAGAAGCUACGGCUAUGAAACAAUUUACUAACAAAAUAAGAUUAAAAUAGCAGAUGUUAUAAAGCAAUUCGAUAAAAAUUAACUUGACACAAAAAUAGAUCAAGAGAAUGACUAAGAAGAUUAGCUUAGCAAUUAAUAAAAAAAGACUGAAAGUGGCAAAGUUGUAAAUUAUUAAGAAAAUAAAAAAAUAUUUAGGUCAUACUCCCCACAAGAUAGAAGUGAGGAUGUCUUGUUUGAUAAAAAUUAGUCAUAUAAAGUUCUAAACACUACUUGUCUUUAGUUUAAAAGAGAAAAAAAAGAUAAAAUAAAUUAGAUUAUUUCAAAAAAUAAGUUGCUUCCUAAUUCGAAGCACUCUUCUGCUUUUACUCGAUUAGAAAGGGAAAGACUAAUAGAAUUAGAUCAUAAAUUCGAUAAUGAUUCUUCGAACUUAAAUUAUCAUCCUAUUUAUGACUAAAUCUUUCCUUCAUCAACACCUCACAAAUUUUUACCUCUUCCUUCUACUUAGAGAAGACAAGAAAUGCAGAUGGCUCCAGACUGCAUUAUUAGGGGAAAUCUUUGUGAAUAUAAAAUAAGAAGUGUAACUUAAGAAAUGAAAAAGUACUCUGACAAGAUUGUGUCUCUACUGAAAAAGCUUGAAGAAAUUGAAGCCUAAUAUGAACUUUAAAAAGAUAAACUUCAAAAGGAUGACCCUUAGAAGAUAAGAGAUAUGCUGGAUAUCAUUUAAGAAAAAAAGAGACUUAUUGGAGAAGAAAUAUUAGAAAAUUAGAAGUUAUUUAUUCAAGCAAGAACAGAAUACGAAUUGCUUAUAGGAGAAAAUCUAGAUUAACAAGAUCAAGAUGCUUUCAAUUAAAUUCCUGAUAAGAUAAAAUCUCAUGAAGCAAACUAUCUAUUUAAUAAAAUCAAAAGUAGAGGCCCGUUAUUUCCUGAGCAAAAUGUAAAAGACUUAAAUGAGAGACUAUAUAAUAAUUAUAAGGGUAAUUAGAUAUGUGAAUAAGGUACUUUCUACUUUGAUAGAACUAGAGGAAGAGAUUAACUGUUCAAACCAGUUAUAGGUCCUGAACAUUAUGAUCAUUACAAAUAAUAUGAAAAUGCACACUUUCAUAAAACAGCUGACUUAGUUCAUUUGAGUAAGCAAGAUACUAAAUUUACAUACUACACAAAACAUGACUACCAUGCCUAAUAAAAUGACAAAUCAGAUAAAAUUCCUAUUGAUUGGCAUAAAAUUGUUGAAGGCUAGUAAAAACUAUCUAAUUAUACCAAAUAACCAAACUACACAAACUUUUAAACAUAAAUAAACAGAGAUAAACCAAACUCUCACUAAAUUAGAACUAUUAAAGUCAAUACUAAUUUUUACAGUAUUAACUAAAAUCAAAACCUUCCUAAAUUUAAUUCUUCAACGAGAUCCUUAUCUCCACCAAAGCGCCAAAUUAAUAAAUUUGAUAAUUCUUUGUUAGAUUAAAAUUUAUUUGAGUGA